CCUUAGGUCUUAAGGAUCCUGAAACCUUACUGUGGACAUUGGAUUUGGUGGAACAGCAACCAUGACUGUGGGAAAGAGCAGCAAGAUGCUGCAGCACAUUGACUAUAGAAUGAGAUGUAUCUUGCAAGAUGGCCGAAUCUUCAUUGGCACCUUUAAGGCUUUUGACAAGCAUAUGAACUUGAUCCUCUGUGAUUGUGAUGAAUUCAGAAAGAUCAAGCCAAAGAAUGCGAAGCAGCCAGAGCGUGAAGAAAAGCGGGUUUUGGGUCUGGUGUUACUACGUGGGGAGAACUUGGUUUCCAUGACUGUGGAAGGACCACCCCCCAAAGAUACUGGCAUUGCUCGGGUACCACUUGCUGGAGCUGCAGGAGGUCCUGGGGUUGGCAGGGCAGCUGGUAGAGGAGUGCCAGCUGGUGUUCCAAUUCCCCAAGCUCCUGCUGGAUUAGCAGGCCCUGUCCGAGGGGUUGGGGGGCCAUCCCAACAGGUAAUGACUCCACAGGGAAGAGGCACUGUAGCGGCUGCUGCAGUUGCUGCCACUGCCAGCAUUGCUGGAGCCCCAACUCAGUACCCACCAGGACGGGGGACCCCACCCACUCCUGUGGGCCGAGCAACACCACCUCCCGGCAUUAUGGCUCCUCCACCUGGUAUGAGACCACCCAUGGGCCCACCAAUUGGGCUUCCCCCUGCUCGAGGGACGCCAAUAGGCAUGCCCCCUCCAGGAAUGAGACCCCCUCCACCAGGAAUUAGAGGUCCACCUCCCCCAGGAAUGCGUCCACCAAGACCCUAGGAUACUGUUGAUCCUUCCUAAGUCACUUUUUUCCCUGCAAUGUGUCUUGUGAAAUUGUGUAGAGUGUUUGUGAGCUAUUGUUUCCUCCUUGCUGCAUUAAUAUUAGCUAAUAAAUGCACAGAGCAAUUAAACUGCGAGGUACUGUUGUAUGUUGUACAUUUUUUUGCCUGUUGAUUUUAUUGAGAUCAAAGUGAAGACUGGGAUUUUUCUGGUCUUGAAGUUAUUAUGGACUAGGUGAAUUCUGAUAAGCAAUGCAUUUAAAUAAUUUUCUCUUUAAUUCUUAAGAUAAAAUGGUUGUGAUACCUGAUUAAGCUUCCUAAUUUUCAGUUUGUGCAUUGAGUGGUAUCAGUCCAUAACCUUAACACAAAAGAAAACCCUUAACCAGGAGGUUAAGUGGCUAAGCUAAGCCUCACAUAUGGCAUCUUCCUCUUUCAUACAUACCUGAAGGGAAGAAAGGAUGGGAUGAAAGGCCUUGUAAGGCCACCUAUGGAAGGAAACUGUGGUACUGAAUCAGACUUUGCUCAUUAAAUCAAAGCAUUUGGGAUUGGAGAUACUCCUUUUCAUGGAAGAUUAUCUCAGUUGAUGAGCUUCUACAGUGCCCUUGUGACUUGUGUGAUCAGAAUAGAUGAUAUGAUCCUGGAAUAAUCAUCACUACCUACCAUUGAUAACUGAAAGGAGGAGAGAAUUUGACAACUCAAUUUUCUGACAUGUCACUGUGGAUCCCACCCAGUAGUAUCGCAAGGAAGCUGAAAACGGUGUUAGCUGCAUUUAGGACAAACAUAAACCACUCCAGGUAAAAUAACCUUGUAAAGAAAAGUAAUAGUGUAUUAUAGAGGCCUUGGCUAGGUUCAUGAUGACAAAGGACCUUGUCUGAACAUAAUGAUUUCAAAAUUUGAGCUUAAAUGACACUCUGAAAUCCAGUCAAUGUGCCUCAAUAGACUUUUCGGGGAACAUUAUUUUCAACAGAAAAUUUGGCUUACUGUGAAAACUUUGAAUACUUAGAAAUGGCAGGUGUAGCCGUAUACAUUGCCAAGUCUUCUUUUUUAAAUUUUCAAAAGAUAUUCUGAGCUCAUUAUUUUUCCCUUUUUUUUUUUAAACAUAUAUGCUGUUGAAAGCAAAAAAGGAAACUCCUCCUUAGAUCCCAGAAGGCACACACAUAUGCUGAGACGGAAGUAAGGACAUGUAAAAGGAGACAACUACCUCUUUGAUCAAACACUGAAUGCCAGAGUUGGAGGUGUCUGAUGAUGUCCAGGAAAGAGGGGAACUAAUAUUUGUGGAACAUGUAUUAUGAAAUACAGUGAGUAUGGGGUGAGAGGAUCUCUCUUGCUUAAGUGAGAUGAUGAAGGCUCAAUAAGAGAGCAGUAUUUGAAAUCCAGUUCCAAGAAUGUGUUUGUUCUAGACGUGAAUGUUGAUUAACGGCUUCAGGUAUUAACGCAGCAAGUCCAUCUCUGCCAAAAAAACAACGAAAAUUAGCCUAGGAUUUCUCCAGGAUUGAAAGUGCUGAAGAAUGUAUAGUUCAAAUCAGAGUCACACAUCCAUGCUAUAGCAAAUAAGGAACCCACAAUUGAAAUGAGGGGACUUCUUUUCUGUGGCUUCGACUUCAGAUUCUCUGUUUCAUCUGUCUGCCAGAGCAGUCUUUUGGAAAGAUAUGACAAACCUCGUUACGUUGCUUCAAAAAUCUGCAGUUGACAUGUUUCAAGAGCAUUAGAAAUAAGCAAUAAUCAGAGAAGAGGACAAAGAUUAUAUAAAUUGAUAAUAUGUAGAGCAUCUUUGCCACUGACAAAACUGGAAGUUUUCUAGUCACUGAACAUUUGGAUUUAUAAAUUUUGUGAUGUUCCUUUACUUUUAUCCCCUGAAUAAGAUGCUCCUGAUAAGAAUCUGGAGAAAUUUGUACAGCAAGAAAAAAUGUGAUUAAAAUCCAGGAUGAUACAGGAUAAUGUGCAAACCUUUUUUCCAUUAACAUGAACAGGAAAGGAUAGCCUGAUUGCCUCUGCAUUGAUAAAAUUGUAGUUUUCAAAUUCUUCUGGAGAAUCCUUUGCAAUUUGACUUACGGACUGCUGUAGAAGUCUAAACCUGACGAUGAUUUAAGGGGUCAUUGACCAGGACCCUCCUGUAGAGACACUCUAGCUCUUAUACUCUAUUUCAUUGACCAACAUGAUCAGCACAGCAUCCCUCAUUCCAAAUUAUUCCCAAAAAUGCAAGUGUGUGAAGGUAUCUACUGAAUUGAAAAUUAUUUCAGGUGGAUGGCACUUGUAGUAUUGGUCUAGUGUGGACAAUCUCAAGGAAAUAUAAGCCAGCCUUCUAGGAAUAUGUGGAAAGAAGGGGAAGGACAACACAUCCUGAAUUCAUCUAGAAGCUUCACCAACUGCAAAAAAUCACUGACAAAAUAAAUAGAGAUAUAUACUGUCCUGAAAUUCAUCUUCCUUUCAAAUAUUUAUAUUUCAUUGGCAGUCUUUGCAUUUGGAAAAAAAAGUCUCAAUAUUUUUCUUUCUAUAGUUAUCAACUUGCCAUCAAAAUAUUUACCAGUAAGAGCCCUGCAUAUGUGACAUUUAUUGCCUAUGUGGUAAACACAAAUAUUAGUUUUCUUUUUUUUCCUCUUCCCCUACCUGCCAUUUUAAAACAGCUAGGAACCUAAUCUAUUAACUAAUUUACUGGACAUAUAUAGCUUAAGAAUUUAUUUAAAUAUGUAAGAAAAUUGUGAUUGGGUAAUGAUACUGAAAUGGAAAUAUAAAAUACUCAGUAAAUGAUGAAUAUGCAUGAACUGUUCAUUGGAUGUUUGGAGGUGAAGAAAAUGAAAUUCAACAUGUAAUAGUUUUUUAUUGUAUUUUAUUAAUCUUUUUGGGAAUCGAAUGCUUAAGCACAGAGGCCUACAUUUAUAAACAAAUCUAUUGUUUUUAGAUACUUUUAAAAAUGGUUGCUGUGAUAAUAGAGCUGGUUUUGUAGGGAAGUUUCUAAAAACAUGUUUGGUAAAACUGCAUCCUGGAAAAUAUUUUAGAAAAGAAUGGGCCAUUUUGUAAAGAUACCUUCAAUUCUGUAUUUAUUGUUUGAGUGCUUAUGGAUAGUAAAGAGGAAAUGGGCAUGGGGAGUGUUUACUGUAUUAAUCAGGAAAGAAAGUAAGGCACUAGUUAUUUAUGUGCAUUUUGAGAAUAUUGUAUACGAAAUAACCAAAUAUAACUGCUUUGUGACCGUAAGUCAUUGUGAUUGCUAAGAAAGCCGUUGCUAACAUAUGCAGAAGAAAUAUUUUUAAUACGUGACUAUGAAAAUAGAAGUUACCUCUGAAUGAUGGACAUUUAAAAUCAUUUGACUGGAUUAUUGCUGUGGCUUUUUGGAGGGGUUGGAGAUUGUUCUGUGUGCAGUUGUCACAUAAGAAAUUUUGUUAAGGCUGCUAUAUGUGGAUGUAGAUGUUACUCUGUAAAUGUUAUUUAUGUUAAUAUUUGUAUGGUAUGAGAUAUAAUUCUCAUGAUGGAAUUGCUGCAUAAGAGGCCAGCCUCUGUGCAUGUUUGGGCUAGGAUUUGAUGUGCUUUUUUAUUUCUCUGGAUAUAAUAGAAAAAAGUACUGUGUUAAAACAUCUUAUAAAGCAUGGUGAUGGCCAACAUUUAGGGCAUUUUAAUUGUCAGAAUAUAAUUUUGUUGGUUACUGAGAGGAGUUUCUAGAUGGCCUUGUUUGUAUUAGACAGAUAAAAGAAUUUAGAAGUUGGAGAAUAGGGAAUUUUUGAGGACUAUAUGUGUAUGCAUAUGUACAGAGAUAGUUCUUGAACAGCCAGGCUUUACUCCAUGUUCAGAUGUUGGGAAUCUACAUAUAUUUUAUUAAUGUAAUGUUAAACAGGUGUGGGUUUUUGUUAUUGUUUUAAUCAGUGGAAUUGUUGAAUUGCCUCUCAAGAUUAAUUCCUUUUCAGUAGAUACUGUUACAAUGUUAUAUAUAAUGUAACUUUUUUUGUUGUUGUUUAACAUCAGAUUCUCUACAUGGAUAGGCAUCACUGUAAAUAUGUAUCACCUUAUUAGGAUAGACUUUUUUAUUUCCCAAAAGUGAUAAUAUAUCUAGCCUCUCUGUGUAUGUUCAUCAGAUCUCUAGGCUCAAUUUUUAGGUUGUGGUAAAUAUGUUGUGUCUAGUAUAAUCUCUCAUUGUUUUAUAUAAGAUUCAUCAUGGUGGAAAUGUCAUUGUAACUAUUGGUCUGCCUCUGUUCAUGGUUUUCAGAUGUUUGUAUACAAACAAAAUACAGUUACUAGAUAAAUUCUACAUGUGGUUAAACAUAACAGGUUAGAAGAGUUUUCAUGUCAGUGGAAUUUGACAUUUAAUGAUAACUGAAUUGUUCUUGUUUUAAAAUACAUCUAAUUGUAUAGGUGUAGGUGACUAUAAGUUUUUAUGGAGGUAGUUCAAAAUUGUCUGUCAAACCUAUGGUUACUAAAGGAUGGGCUAAUUCAAGAAAUGUUUUAUAUAAUGUGUAUAUAAUAGACACAGUUAUUAUGUUUUCUUAAAGCCAAGGAACUAUUAUAUCAGCAUGUUUUGUAAAUAUAUUAAUUAUGUAUAGAGUGAAAAAUUACCAAAACAGUUGUCGGAUUAUCUCUUAGUAAAUAAUUGGGCUGCUGAAGUUCAGGGUAUUUUGUUAGAUUGUUCUGUGUAAAAGGCGAGAAAGAUUUAUGCGAUCUGAAGAGAAACCAGAUUAGGUCAUUCUGUGUAAAAUAGUUAGGAUAUAUAAUAGUUUUUGCUUUAAACUUUUAAUCCUUGAUUUUAUAGGGGUCGCUUUCAUGUACACCUGUAUAUAUACACGCAGGUGUAUUGUAUACAUGGCUAUAAAAUAAGUGUUUAUUAAAAUUCAUAGCAAAGAAACACUGUUGGCAAUAAGUAUCACUGGGUUUUAGUUUGUUCUUUGUGUCCUUUUGUGGUUCAUGAUACAGGGAGUUUCAGUUUGAGCUUUAGUUGCUGAUGAUAUUGUUAGAUUGCUACUUAAGUUAUAGACCAAUGUUAGUUUUUGUUUCAGAACAUCUGCAUAGGAUUUGCUGAUAGGCACGUAUUUUUUGAAUAGCAAUUUGAGAGACAAUGUAAAAACAUUUUAUUUUGGCAAGCUGAAUCACUAUACCAUGUCUAUUUGGGAUGUAUUUGGCGAUGGAGAUUAUUAUUAUUUUUUUGGAUAUAGAACAGUGUCAUUUUAGAAAACACUUGGAUAUAUAAUUUCUAUCAAUUUUGGAAAUAUAUUUUCAUAUGAAACGUUAAAGGUGGAAACAUUGAGUAUAGAUAGAGUGAGCAUCUUCAUGAGUUAGGCUUGAUUUUGAUUUUUUUUUUAAUUUUUGUGUCUUUUUUUAAGGUUUUAUUUAAAUUUCAGUUAGUUAACAUACAGUGUAAUAAUAGUUUCAGGUGUACAAUAUAGUGAUUCGGCACUUCCAUACAACACAUAGUACUCAUCACAAGAGCACUCCUUAAUAUCCAUCACUUGGUUAAUCUAUGUCCCCACCCACCUCCCCUCUGGUAACCCUCAGUUUCUUUUAUAGUUAAGAGUCUGUUUCUUGGUUUGCCUCUUUCUUUCUCUCCCUUUGUUUUAUUGAGAUUUUUUUUAGUUAGACAUUUUUGUUAAAGUACAGGAAUUAUUGCCAUUCAUAUUUUUAAAUAAGAAACUUGAAUAAUUUCUUAUUUCGAUAUAAAUUUUUGAUGUUAAGUGUUGAGAACAGAGCAGGGAAGCCUUUCACUGGCUUAUAUAACAUCUUAAUUUCCUAGGUAUGUAGAAAUACCCCCUCCACACAUACACACACACACACACACACACACAGCAUGCAUACACACACAGAGUAAAUCUAUUAACAUUGGACAACUAUGGCAAAAAUUAAUAUAUUACCAAUAGGAGUGUUACAAGACCACUCCUGUUUUCACUUGGUGUGUGUGGGGUUGUUACUAGGUAGUUGUGCACAUGUGAUCAGAUCUUUGUUUUUAUAACAUAACUUGUUAGAUGUACAGACAUUUCUGUUAUGUAUUUGAAUAUAUUUCACCUAAAAUUAGAGCACAUAAACUUUUUUUAAAUGCUUGUAGAUGUGAAAUGGUAAAAUAAGCUUCUAUUGUUAGUAUAAUUUCUAGAAUGCUGUGUAUGUAAUUAUUUAUAAAACACUUGUUAUUUCUAGAUAUAUAGCCAUUGCUGACAGACAUACUUUUAAGUAUCAUACUUUUUAAAAUCAAUAUAGUAAUUAGUUUCUCUGCAUGUUCAGUGGUUUGUUGUGAGGGCUAUGGAUGGAGGGAGGGGUGGAUGUUUUCCAGUCUCAUCUAUAAUGUAUGAUUCUUUUGCUUCUUAACUAUUCUUUUUGGUUUAAAGAAAUUGUGAAUAUGUAUAUGUUGCAGUCAUGCUAUUGAUAAACUAUAAGUUUGACAUGUUUAAUAUUUGCAAAUUAUUCUGAGAAUUCUAUAUGGGUGGCUCUUUGUGGUUUGUUAAACAGUGGUAUUUGUAAUUAUAACAUUUGACUUAGGAAAUAUAUAGAGUUGUUGAACAUGAUAGAGGGUAGAAACAGUAUUUUGAUACUGUUCACCUUUGUAUAGGAUUAUAUGGAUUGCUGGGGUUGUUAAAGACAAAUGACUUGAAAAUUGAGUUAAAAGAUUCUGAGCUAUAUUUUUGUUAACAUUUAUGUGUGUUUAUACACACACACAUGUAUAUAGUCAGGGAGAAUAGAGUGGUUAAAAGUUUUGUCUCACAAUUUCAUUUAGAAGAAAAAUUAGACUGCAAUAAUUAAAUUGUACCCAUUUUAUAUAAACAUAUUUCUGCCUACUUAAGGGACAUUAGGUAUAUCUUAUUUUCUCAGAUAUACUUACGUUGAUGAAAUUCACUUUUCUAAAGAACAUUUUACAGAAUCUAAAUUACAAAACUCUAUGUUCAUCUGUUAUAUGGCAGUAUGACAACUUUGUAAAUAAUGGGCAAGUGAAAUAUUUAUUUUUAAACAUUUAAAUUUUUAGAUGUAUUGAGUGUCACAGUAUAAUAUAAAUGUUUUCAUUGUAAAUGUGUUAGGAUUAUUGUAUUUUAAAAUCAGCAUGGCAGAGAAAUUAAUCAUUGAUAUGCAGGCUCUUGGAGCUGUGCAACAUUUAUAUUAAUUUGGUUGUUAAGAGGAGAAAUAGAAAAGACUGUGCAUUACCCCAUUCUCAUAGUAUAAUAGUACGCCAGUGAAUAAGUACAAAUUAUAUAUUAAAAAACUUGUACCAUGUAAAUUCAUUUGGUAUUUCUGAAUGUAUCAUAAUGUAUUUCAUUAGGAACUUCCUGAUAUAUAUAUAUAUGUAUGUGUGUGUGUGUGUAUAUCUUUUAUUUUUAUGUUAAGACUAUUUUUUAGAGCAGAUUUAGGUUCACAGCAAAAUUGAGGGCAAGGUACAGAGAUUUGCCAUAUAGCUCCUGCCCAACACAUAUAUAAUCCCCAUCAUUAUCCACUCUGUACAUGGAUAAUCACCCCCAUUAUCAACAUCCCUUAUCAGACUGGUACAUUUGUUACUACUGAUGAAUUUUCAUUGACAUAGCAUUAUAACCCAAAGUCCAUGGUUUGUUUUGGUUAACUCUUGGUGUUGUACAUUUUGUUAAGUUUGGACAGAUGUAUAAUGACCUGUAUCCAUCAUGGUAUUAUACAGACUAUUUUAAUUAUCCUAAAAAUUCUCUGUGCUCCACCUAUUCAUCCCUCCCUCAUAUUUAUUUUUAUGGUUUUUGUUUACAUUGGAGAUAUAAAUGACUUUCUUAAAGAGAUUUUAUACUACCUCUUGGAACAAUAUACAGUUCUGUAUGUGUUCCUUUGGUUGCAUGACAAUAUUCAAGACAACUUUGUAAAUAAUAGAUGCAGUUUUUUUAAUUUUUAACAUCUAGUCUUUCUAGAUGUGUAGAGUCUCACAAAGUAUAAUUUUGUAAAUAAUUCAUUGUAAACUUUAUCAUAGUCAUUAUUAUCAAGUAUUGUAAUAGCAUUGCAAUUGAUAACAAUUUUAGGUUUCUUGAACUAUACAUAUUUUGGUAUCUGUUUAUUGAGUUGUUAGGGGGAGAACGUUAAAAGGGUGUACUUCCACUCUUGCAUACUCUAAAAGAAAAUUUUACAUUUUAAUCACUGUUUAGUUCUUGUAUUUAUUAUACACUCUUAUACAUUAAAAAUCCUAAGUCAGUAUUUUACAGCUGUAUUGCUGAAAGGGCAUUAUGUGUUUUAAUCAUAGGAAAUAUGUUAUAUAAGAAAUUUUGUUCUCCCUCCUCAAGCUAUUCAGUUUCGUAUUUAACUGGACAGCAUGACAACAUUCAAGACAACUUUGUAAAUAACAGAUGAAUAUAUUUAUAAAUACCUAAUUUUUCCAGAUGCACAAAAUUUCACAACAUACACAUUUAUAAAUAUUUCUUUGUCAAAUACCAUAAAUUGUUUUUUCUAAAUAUUUUGUCAGUGUAAUAAGUAAUUAAUAAUUGUUCUUUUAGUGUUAUGUACCAUUUUGAUGUUUGUUAGGUGGGUUUUUGGGCAGAGGGAUAGACCGAUCACUUCCUUUUUCUACAGAUUGUUACGUUCUCAUGUAGAAGAAAAGAUUAUAUUUUAUACUUACAAAAUGAAUGAAAAUACCCAGGAUGUAUUUUAUCCUUGAAAGAAGAAGGAAGACAUGAGAAAGGGAAUUGUUUAAAACCACAGAUAUGUUCAUUGUUAAAAGAUACUUGUAUUUGUUAUUUUACUAUGUUAUGAAGAUGUACUUAUAGCAAAUUUAUAUGUGUAUAUGCGUAUACUUAUAUAAUAUAAAUGUUAAGCACCUGUAUACAGUAAAAUUAGUUUUAGGAGCAUAAAUCUGAUGGUAUUCUCAUUCUCAUUUAUUAGCUUAUUGCUUUGCAUUUUAUUUUUUUGAAAAUUAUGGAAAUAGUAUUUCAAAUCUAAGCUUAAACAUUUUAUAAUCCCACUUCUUGGUAUAUCUAAAUGUAUGUUAUUUUUAAUAUAAAAUUGUUAAGUAGCUCCAUAUGUGUUUGUUUUCUGUUACCAUGUAUAUAUACAUCUAAAUGAAAAUAGAAUUUCUGUGAUUAUGAAUAUUUAUUUUAUUAUUCUAAGAGCUUUUUGAAAAUGUCCAGUGUGUAAUUAUAUUUGUAUGUUAUGCAGUAGUCAAACAAAUGUCAAAAGUGUUCCAUCUUAGUAGCCUGUAAUAAAUUAUGAAAAUUGCUUAGAAAGAAAUAAAAAGUAUAAACAAAGAUAUAAAUUAGUAUAUUUUUUGAACAGCAGUUUGGCAAUAAUAGUUGAAAUUCAAGUGUGUAAACAUUUGAAGUGGUAUAACUUGCUGCUGGGAUUUUAUCUAUUCCAAGUCUCAAAUUUACAAUGAAGAAAGUAUGUUAUAUAUUGAGUAUCAAAUAAUAUUGAUUCCUGAUCAAAUAAUUGAGCAUCUGAAAUAUAUAUCCAUAAAAGAUCAUAAUGGUUGUAUCUUUCAUCAUAUGAAUAUAAUUUAAACACUGGAAGACAUUCUGAUGUGAAAGGGUGUUUUAAGUGGGUAUUUUAAAUUAUUUCAUUUUUUGAACAAAUAUCAACUAAUAGUGUGUUUACAGAGUUGUGUCCAUAUGUCUAUCGUUGUUCUAAUGGAAAUGGUAAUAUUUACUAUUCCUGAGGAAUUUAAUUAUCCUGACAUGAUUAUAGAGUUAAGUAAUGCUUACUCAUCAGUGUUAUUAUACUGGUUAUUUUAGCAUUCUUAAGAUUUUUGUACAUGUGUAAGUUAAAUGGUAAAACAUUGUUAGUUAUCUGUAUAUUGCUACAUGACAAUCUGAAAUGAAUAUAUGAAUUGCUGAAUAGAAAGUUGUCUGGAAGAUCAUACAGCAAAACUUUAACAUUACUGUGUAGAGAGUUGGGACUGGAAGGACUGCAUCUGCUUUCUGCAUUGAAAUUUUAAAGAUAUUUCAAAAGGAACAUUAAAACAACAAAAGGGAAUUUUAAAGAUACAACCAAGUUGUGCAUCUCUGUAUUCUUGCCUGUUGACAUCUUGGGAGUAUUGGGCUGUUAUAUCCAAUUUUGUAUUCCCAGCGGCCAUUCGGAAUAGUUUGUCAGUGAUCACGAAGAACGUGUGAUUUAGAAACUCUAGUACAGCAGAGAGUUAUACACACUGAAACAGUACUGAGGGAUCCAAGAAAAGAGUAUGGGAGAAGAUGGGAUUUGAGAUGUACAUGAUGAAAAGAAGAGAUUAAUAGGUAACCUGAGGACAGCUGACAUCAGGAACAUUCCUCAUGCUAUUGGACUUCCUUAAUUUAAAAGUCUUAUCUGGGAACUACAGGAGAUGAUAGUUCCAUGAAAACACACUUCUGCCUUCUUUGUAAUUGCAAGAAUUGGUAUCACCAGACCUCUCAUUGACAGUAUUAUUUAUUCAAGUGUUCUUCACCUCUGAUAUCUGGUCCCAGGAAUACCCCUUGGCGAAAUUAUUGUAAGAACAGGUGAUGACUUAACAGAAAACUGAUGCUAUUGCUUCUGUCACCAUCUUCAAAUCCAAAAGACAGUCUUCAUAAUGUUAUGGAGACUUCUCUUUCAUGUGUUGGAGUGGCUAUUCCUCACAGAUCAGAAAAACUGGACUGAGAAAGCUCAAGUUUGAAAGUUACCUAAAGAGUGUCAUUGGAGGGAAUUGUAACCAGGCAUGUUGACUGUUUUCAUUAUUGACACUGGACUAAAUCUCAGGAGAUUGAAUGCGGGAGAUGUUAUUACACAGAAAUGUUAUUACACAGGAUGCUGUGAUUGCAAGGCUUCAUUUCAGUGUUCUCAUAAGUAUAAAGUGCAUAUAUUUAUAAUUUUCAUAUACUACAGGGUAAAUUUAAAAUUGAUUGAUAAAAAAAUUACCUUUUUCCAUAUUUCAAAAGGCACAGAAAUUUGUGAAGGAUAGUAUUUUUUACUUAAAUGCUUUUUUCCCCUCCUAAUUCUACUUCCCAACAUUAUCUACUGUUAAUGGAGUUUUGUGCGUAUCUUUUUGGGCUAUAUUGAUGAACAAAUGGUUAUGCUAGUAGUCCUUUGGACACAUACAUUAGCUACAAAUUUUCUAAGCAGUUACAUGCUUUAUAUAGAAAUAAUUUUUAAUUUCUCUGGCUAAUUUGUUGAAAACAGUCUUAGUAUUUCCACCUUCUUGGAAUUAAGUAUAUCCAAAAUUUAUAUUCUGAGUCAACAGUGGAAAUUUUCCCCAAAUGGUAUAGAUUGUCCUCAUCAAUCUUGAAACCCACUGUAUGUUUAUGAGACUUCUGUUUUCUUGAACAGUAGAAAUAUUACAUUUCAAUGUUUUAAUCUUUGAAAAUGUGGUAUUACAAAAAAAUUGCUUUCCUUCCCUUACUGUUCAGUUCAGUCAUCUUCAUAUGUCCUUAAACCUUACUAGUCACUUACUUCAUUUUCCUCUGUGGGUUUUAAUUUUUUUUUUUCAUUUCCCUCAGAGUAUUAGUGUUUUUGUUACUGGUUUCUAAAAGAUUAUUUAUGACUAAGGAUGUUAAACAUUUGCCAUGCAUUGCUAAUGAAAUACCAUGUGUUCUCACCACCGUUUUACUGUGAUGUUUUACUUUUUGGUUGUACAGAAAUUGUGUAUUCAAAUAUAAUGUUCUGCUUUAUGA